ACCGUUGGUCACAAUGAGGGGGCUGCUUGCAUUUGCCGUGCUGUUGGUGGCCGUUUUCGGCAAGAAGACCUUUAAGGGACAUCAGGUGCUUCGCAUUACUGCAAAGGAUGAUGUCCAGCUGUCUGUUAUCAAGACCAUGGAGGACAUGGGAGAGUUUGAGCUGGACUUCUGGAGGGAUGUGACUGAUUUGGCCACUCCUGUGGAUGUCAGAGUUCCCUUCCACAGCCUGCAGUCUGUCAAAAAUUUUCUGGAGACCCAGGACAUCGAGUACUCCAUCAUGAUUGAAGACCUGCAGAUGAUGCUGGAUGAGGAGCAGGAGGAGAUGGAAUCUGCUGCUCGUGUUGCUGAGCCCAGAAACACUGACAGCUACGACUACGCCAGAUACCACACCAUCAGUGACAUCUACAGUUUCCAGGACAUGCUGGUGGCUGAGAAUCCCAAACUGGUCAGCAAGCUGGUGAUUGGUCAGAGCUUUGAGGGUCGCCCCCUGAAUGUGCUCAAGUUCAGCACUGGUGGAACCAAUCGUCCUGCCAUCUGGAUCGACACUGGAAUCCACUCCAGAGAGUGGGUCACUCAGGCCAGUGGUACCUGGUUCGCCAAGAAGAUUGCAACUGAUUUUGGCCGUGACCCUGCUCUCACCGCCAUCCUUAACAGGAUGGACAUCUUCCUGGAAAUUGUGACCAACCCUGAUGGCUACUACUACACCCACAACACUGACCGUUUGUGGCGUAAGACCAGGAAGCCCAACCCCGGCUCUAGAUGUGUUGGAGUCGAUCCCAACAGGAACUGGGAUGCUGGUUUUGGAGGAGCCGGGGCCAGCAACAACCCCUGCUCAAACACCUACCAUGGACCCAGGGCUCACUCUGAGUCUGAGGUCAAGUCCAUUGUGGACUUUGUGAAGUCCAAUGGCAACAUCAAGGCCUUUAUUUCCAUCCAUGCCUACUCCCAGUUGCUCCUGUACCCUUUCGGCUACACUAGAACUCCAGCCAGGGACCGGGCCGAGCUGCACCGUCUGGCCCGGAGGGCUACCAGAGACCUUGCCUCCCUGUACGGUACUCGCUACAGAUACGGCAGCAUCAUCACCACCAUCUACCAAGCCAGCGGUGGCACCAUUGACUGGACUUACAAACAGGGCAUCAAGUACUCCUACACCUUCGAGCUGAGGGACACUGGUCGUUUUGGCUUCAUCCUGCCAGCCAAUCAGAUCAUCCCCACCGCCCGGGAGACUUGGCUGGGUCUGAUGACCAUCAUGGAUCACACCCUCAAGAACCCCUACUAAACUAAUGUGUCUGUAAAAGUGGAAAUCCCUGUAGACAAACCACUGUAGGCAAAUGUCAUCUUUAAAAUGUCAUCUUUUAGACUAAUGUCAUCUUUAUCAUCAUACUCCAUGACUCUUAAAACAUCAUCAAAACCACAAACCAUUUCUUUAUGAUUAUGAAGUCUUUUACUUUGUCGCAAGUUUACACACAUUUAUGCACCUUCUAUGUCUGCAUCAUUUUCACAUCCUCUAAACUUCAAUAUCUGCCUGCUUUUUAAAGAGAUUUUAAUCCAAAAUACAUUGCAUAGAUUUGGUUGUAGCAAAGAGUGAAACUGUCUUGUUUAAUCUGAAUUUAUUUCUUCCUGAUCCUGUCACAUUUCCCAUCAAUCCCAUUUUAAUUUAGAGAAAAAUAUUUCUCGUACUGAACGGAAAAUGAUGAAUGAAUUAUUUGUUUUUAACUAUAA